GACUCGACAAAGCUCCUCGAACUGCGUGGCUCGAUGGCUUGCAACGCAACGGCAUAACUCCUGGAACUUACAAAGGUACAGCCAUCACAGUAACCAUUCCCAACCUUGAAGAAACAGUGGGUAUUUUUAACGAUACUGUCCUCGAUGCCAUUGAUGAUGUCUUCGUGGAAGGCCACAUUCGUGGUAUCAAAUUCAUCGUAUCCAUGCUUCAUGGCAAUGCAUUCGGCCAAAACUCGUGUGACGCCUACUGCACCGAAUUUGGGGGAUUUGGGUCUGCCUCUGGGACACCCAUUACUCUCGGAAACUCGUUCUACACAAUCCCACAGCAGUGGCCGCCUUCGACAACACGAUUGCUCACGUCAUGA